AUGGAUGAGGACGAAGACACCGUCAUGGGAGAGGUCGGCUCCCACCACCCCACCUCUGUUUCUUCACAUCAAUGGCCAAGCAAUGGGCCCAGCAGCCAGGGUGCUGGCCAGCUCAAUGGUAGCUCGGAUCCAUCUAUUGCACCGCCAUUGCUGGGUCCGACCAUGAAGCUGCCGUUGUCUGUACACUCGGGAGACCAGAGGCCUGAGAACACAGCAUCGGCAGAAGAUCAGGGAGUUUCGCCACCUAAAAGCCUGCCCAAGUCAGACUCGGGCGACGCCACUACUGAAGACUUUGACAAGCAAGAUAGUCUUGUCGAAGACAACUCAGAUUGGACUGAUGAGGAUACUGUAGCCCGCACUGGGCUUCCCAUCGCCUCACUGCCUUCUGGGUUAUGUUAUGACGUUCAGAUGCGUUAUCACUGUGAAGUGCGGCCAACAGCGGACGUUCAUCCAGAGGAUCCGCGACGCAUCUACUACAUUUACAAGGAACUUUGUCGAGCGGGACUAGUCGAUGAUCCCGAAUCGUGCCGUCCGCUUGUCUCACGACCGCUGAAGCGCAUCAAUGCUCGCAAUGCUACUGAGGCGGAGAUCUCGCUGAUUCAUACGCCUGACCAUUUUGCAUUCGUAGAAAGCACCAAAGACAUGUCUGAUGACGAGCUCAUUGCAUUGGAACACACACGUGACUCGAUAUACUUCAAUAAAUUGACGUUUGCAUCAUCGAUUCUGUCAGUUGGAGGCGCGAUUGAGACAUGCUUGGCUGUUGCAACCCGGAAGGUCAAGAAUGCCAUUGCAGUGAUCCGGCCUCCGGGGCAUCAUGCUGAGCACGACAAAACUAUGGGAUUUUGUCUGUUCAAUAAUGUCUCUGUAGCAGCCCGUGUUUGUCAGAAUCGACUGGGUGAUAGCUGCAGAAAGAUUUUGAUUCUCGACUGGGACGUGCAUCACGGAAAUGGUAUUCAAAAAGCUUUCUAUGAUGACCCUAAUAUCCUAUACAUCUCACUCCAUGUGUAUCAGGAUGGGAAAUUCUAUCCUGGAGGGGAAGAAGGUGACUGGGAUCACUGUGGUGAAGGCCCGGGCGUUGGAAGAAACGUAAAUAUACCCUGGCCGAGCCAAGGGAUGGGCGAUGGUGACUAUAUGUAUGCUUUUCAACAAGUUGUCAUGCCAAUUGCCCAUGAGUUCAACCCGGACCUUGUCAUCGUUGCCUCCGGGUUUGAUGCGGCUGCAGGCGACGAGCUUGGUGGAUGUUUUGUUACCCCUUCGUGCUACGCUCACAUGACACACAUGCUCAUGACGCUUGCCAAUGGCAAGGUUGCUGUUUGUCUCGAGGGUGGUUAUAACUUCAGGUCUAUCUCCAAGUCCGCACUCGCUGUCACAAAGACGCUGAUGGGAGACCCGCCGGACCGACUUCAUACCACUUCACCUUCAGCUCUGGCCACCACAACUGUACGGCGUGUGAUGAUGAUCCAGUCGCAUUACUGGCACUGCAUGUACCCUAAAGGGCCUCCUCAGGAUGGGCUCUUCACCGAUAGGCUUCAUGAUGUUAUACGCGCUUACCAGUCAAAACAACUUUACGACAACUACAAGCUCACAUCUCUCUUCAUAUAUCGUACUGCCAUCUCCCGGUCUUUCGAAAACCAGGUUCUAGCAAGCCCCAACUAUCAUCAAGCCGUGCCACUUGUAGUGAUAUUUCAUGAUCCUCCUGAGAUCAUGGGUUUGCCCCAUCCGGUCACCAACAAGUUGGAAGCCCAUAACUGCUGGCUGGCUGAUGUCAUGAAGGAAUACAUUGGGUGGACUGUGAGCAAGGGGUAUGCAGUCAUCGACGUUAAUAUCCCUAAGCAUGUGACAAUCGAUCCUUCAUCCGGUAAAUACGAGGAAGAAGACGAAAAUCGGCCCACGGCUACUGAGGAAUUGGCGGGCUACCUGUGGGAUAACUAUAUCGAGUUAGUGACGCCGAGAUUAUCAACAGGCAGCCUGAAACUGACAAUUGCAGACCGAGCGAGGCCACCGAGAUUUUCUUCAUAG